AUGGCAGCAGAAGACCCACCCGAUAUAGAGCCGAAGGAACCUGGUAUUGGGUUCCACAAGGGCCAGCGAGAAAUCAACGAUCAAGAAACGGUACACGCACUUGACCGAAGAAAUCUUGAAAGAGAAUCCAAACAUGUGCGCCUUCACGGCGCCGUCGCUGGCCGCCCGGCAGGAAAUUACGGCGGCGGAGGUGCCGAGGCUCGGCAGAACAACUCCGGCGCAAGAGUCCUGGUCGUCUGCUCCGAAAUGACGGCCAUGUCGUUCCGCGGCCCGAGCGGGACCCACAUGGCCACCCUAGUGGAGCAGUCCCUGUUCGCCGACGGCGCCGCCGCCGUUGUGGUGGGCUCCGACGCGGCGGCUGGAGUGGAGCGGCCGCUUUUCCAGAUUAUCUCGAUCGCACAGACACUAUUGCCGGAGAGCGAGGGUUGCAUCCAGGGCCACCUCACCGAUUGCGGGAUGAUGGUCGAGCUCGAGAAAGAUGUACCGAAACUAAUAUCGAAAUACAUCGGCGCGAGUUUGAGUGAGGCGUUUGAUCCUUUGGGUAUUUCGGAUUGGAACUCUAUUUUCUGGAUAGUGCAUCCGGGCGGCCGGGCGAUUCUUGAUGACGUGGAGGCUGAGCUGGCGCUGAGGCCCGAAAAACUGCGAAAGUCGAGGCGUGUGUUGAGCGAGUACGGGAAUAUGUCGAGUGCUUGCGUACUGUUUAUAAUGGAUGAGAUGAGGAAGUCCUCCGCCGAGGAGGGGCUGAGCUCCACCGGAGAAGGGUUGGAUUGGGGGGUCAUGUUUGGGUUCGGGCCGGGCAUCACCGUGGAGACGGUGGUGCUCCGUAGUGUGGCAAUUAGUUGAAA